UAAAAAAAUCUCAAGAAGAAGAACGAUACAAAGAAAUAUGGCGGCCGUCUCUCAACCGAGGAUGGAGAAAGACGACGAAGACUCUUCUCUGUUGCCUUUAGUUCAUGAUAUUAUCAAGUGCAUGGACAAGGACAAGGAUGGGCAGGAAGUUCAUCAAGAGCUGACAAAGCUGAAAACCAAAAUCCAGAAAGCUCGGGAACAAAUCUCCAACAUGCCUGGAAUAGACAGCAGUCCGCAAGAGCAGCAGCAGCAGCUCGCCACUCUGAGGGAGCAGGUGCACACCAAAAACCAACUGCUGCAGAAAUACAAAAGCUUGUGCAUGUUCGACGUACCCAAAGCAUCAUGACCCUUGGGGUUGGAUACUUCAGUGACUGAUGGGGAAACAUCAUACUGGUCAAGGACAUGGCAUAGACAUGAAUUUUCCAGCAAUGCAAGAUGUUGAGAAUCAUGUUUUUUUUGCAUUCUUUUGUAUGGGUUUGAGUGUAAACAUAUUGUUUUUCUUGUAAUUAUUAUGUAUUAAAAUAAUUUGCUAAACCUUA